AUGAAAAUCGUUGUUAUUUUUAUUCUGUAUAGCUGGCUACCUCGUUAUUUCAGUCAGUCAGUGACACAAGCCCCAACAGCUGUGACCAAGAAGGAGUGUCAGUCUUUCAUAAUUACCUGUGUUUACUAUGGUCACAACUGGGGUUAUUAUUUCGAAGACGGAUAUUUCCUCAGGCAAACCCAGACCAGCACAGACCGGGAGCGGAUAUCCAGUGGAGGGAGAUUUGUUGUACGCAUGAACAAGGAAGAAAAAACUUUUUCACUGGAGAUUCGGGAUGUAAGAGUUGAAGAUACCGCCACCUAUUACUGUGAAGUACGUUACUACAAUGAUAGACACAUGCCACUGUGUAGGGAAUAUAAUACUGUAAUUGGAUCUGGGACAGCGGUGACGAUCACAGCAGAUUCCACUUCGCUGGUUUCCCAGAGUCCACUUUUACAGGCCUCCGCUGUUGAUGACACUGUUGCUUUAAGCUGUGAAUAUUCAGGCUUCUGUCAGUAUGUAGUUUACUGGUACAGCCAGUCCCCAAGACAGGCGAUGAAAUAUCUGCUUCAGGGACAUACUUCAGGAGAAGAGAAGAAGCUAAAUGCGGCCACGGAACGUCUUUCUACCACAAACGACCCUGCAGCGAAAAUCACCCACUUAAAGAUCUCUGCAAUACAACUGAAUGAUUCUGCUGUGUAUUACUGUGCACUCAGUAAGCGCUCAAGAAACACAGCGAUAUAA